AUGCGCUUUGACGUCAACGUGGGUAGAAUGGAGCCCGAGUGCCUCUGGCAAGACGCGACGAAACUGAGGCGCUUCCCUGCACCGUGGGAGCAUUCUGAAGCUGUUCAGCAUAACAGUGAGGCCUUUGUGGUUCUUAACCGAGUGGAUACGCGAUGCGUGGACAGCGCUGGUUCGCGGCGUCGUACGUGCGGAGAGCUCUGCGGCUUCAACGGCGCCUCACGCACGGUAAGCGCAGGGAUCCAGUUCCGCACAUUCCAAAGAGACUUGGAAGGAGACCACAUCUGCUGGUGGGCGCUGCUCUGUAAACGACCUAGCAAGCUGGAGAGAGAGAAAGAAUGCCCGAAUACUUGGGCGGCCCUGCUGCCUAGCAAGCUGGUGAGAGAGAGAAAGUCCGGAUGCCUGGGCAGCCCCGCUGCCCCGCGCGAAACACGUUGGAGGGAAAUCAUUGACGAACAAAGCUUCGCUGUCAAUAUUCUCGGCAAUGCGAGGCGGCGCAUAGCGUUGACUGAUCGGCAGGAAGCGGACUCGGCCUGGCAACGUAGUCUCCAUGCGGCUAUAGUGCCUUGUGAGGCAGCGGAGUUGCACGCGAGAGAGGACACCGGGCACGCAGGCUAUGCGGGGAACUGUUUGGGCUGUGCGAAGGGCAGAGCGCGGAGGAGUUCCAUUACCCACGUUCCCGUCUACCCGCCCGAAGGUGUGUGGUGCAUGCACGGAGGAAUGCGUUCACCCGGGAAAGCUGCCUACUCGUUUGGGCACAACAGACGCGUGCAGUUCUCAACGCUGUAG